AGACACUCGAAGAAAAUCUGAUUUUUGUUGUGAUUUCUUUAACUCAUAAUAUUUGGUGACCUGUUCUUCAGAUCUCUGAAUAGUACCGUUUGUUUUGUGUUUCUUGUUUUUAUUGGAGUCCAGGAAUGGUAGAUUUAGAGCUCCUGAAGAGUACAUUUGUCUGGGCUUGAAAAUUAGGUUUCAGUGGUUCUGUAUCUGAGCUUCCUGCAAUGGGAAAAUCCCCGGGUAAAUGGAUCAAGACCCUACUUUUUGGAAAGAAAGCAUCCAAGUCUAAUUUGUCAAAAGGAAGGGAGGUUUUGCGGACUGCAAAUGAGAAUGAGACUUGGGUGGCUGCCAAGGCCCCAGGUGUUGAAACUGCUGUGGAUCCUUUGAUUUCGCAUGCAGCAUCUGGUAUGACUGAUGGAAAUGGGGGGGACUUAGCAUCAGAAAAGGGGGUUCCUUCUAUUGGACAGCAUGGCGGUGAGGUAUUGCCCAGAAAUCAGGAUCCAGGUUUCCAAGGAACCACAGGACCUGAGGCAGCAAAUGAUCCAGAGAGAAUCAGGCAAGAUCAAGCUGCAACGAAGGCACAAGCUGCUUUUAGGGGUUAUUUGGCUCGUCGGGCAUUUCGAGCUUUAAAGGGCAUCAUAAGGCUGCAGGCACUUAUCCGAGGGCACCUUGUGAGGAGGCAAGCUGUUGCCACUUUACGCUGUCUGCAGGGAAUUGUAAGGAUUCAGGCGCUAGUUCGUGGUCGUAGAGUCAGAAUUUCUGAUACUGGUCUUGAGGUGCAUGGCAAAUGCAAUGUAAGGAAAACUCAGGAGGCUCAGCGUUUGGAACCAAUUAAAGCGAAUUCAAAUCUACAGACAGAGGUGCUGUUAGCAAAUGCUUUUGGUAUUAAGCUUCUUGCUUCUACAUCCACUGCAUUGCCGCUUCGUCUUCAAUAUGGCCCGGGUGAACCUAAUUCAGCUUUGAACUGGCUUGAGCGUUGGACUUCUACCCAUUUUUGGGAACCACUUCCAAAAGCAAAGAAGAAUGCUGAUGCAAAACCUCAGGCAAGGCAAGGUAAUCUUCAAAGUGCAGAAACUGAACCAGCUCGGUCAAGACGUACUUUCAGGAAGCUUCCUGCUGCAAAUGUUGACAAUGGGUCAAUCCAUUCUAAUUCUGAAUCUGAAAAACCAAAACGCAGCCUAAGAAAAGUUACAAGCCAUCCUGUAGAUUCAGUGCUGGAUCCCCAAACUGAGCUUGAAAAGGUUAAGCGAAAUUUGAGAAAAGUUUCUAGCUCGAUAACUGAGGCUUCUGAUCGGAUAGAGGCUGAGAUUGAGAAGCCAAAGCGUGUUCCACGAAAAGUGUCAAGCCCCGCAGCUGCUGAUGCUUCAGACCAGGGCUUGGGUGAUUCUAUUGAGAAGAUGAAGAAAGAUACAAUAGUAGUGGAGGCACCAAAGAUGCUUGAUGUAGAAGCAACUCCAAUACCAUUUACCUCAGAUGCGCCAGUUGAGAAUAUUACUGUAACUAAUCAUGAUGCAGGUGUGCAAACUUUGGAGAGAAAUGUGCAAGAUGAGAAUAUUCCUGUAACAAAUUCAGAGUUGAAUUCCAAGGAAGAUCACACUGGCAAUGUAAACCCGAAAAGCAGCAAGAGGAGAGCUUCCUUUCCAGCAAAGCAGGAAUAUCCCGAGAAUGGAUUACGGAACACCCCAACAGUGCCAAGUUAUAUGGCAGCAACUGAAUCUGCAAAGGCAAAGCUCAAAGCACAGGGUACCCCAAGGUUCGGGCAAGAUGAGGUUGAGAGGAAUGGUUUUACAAGGCGGCAUUCUCUGCCUUCUUCUACCAAUGGGAAAUUGAACUCAGAAUCGCCACGAACACAGAGAUUGGUUCAUGGAAGUGGAAAAGGAGGUGUUAGAGACAGGUCACUGUUGUCUUCGAGGGAUGGUAAUGCUAAGGUUGUGCAAGCAGAGUGGAGGAGGUGAUCCUGCAGAAAUUGGGGUUUCAAGGAAAGAGGUCACAUCAAGCAGGUACACUUGGCUCCUCGUCUGUAUUUUUUUUGUUUUUGGUUUUUUUUUUGUUUUUUUGACCGAGUGUCCGAAGUUUUAUAGUUUUGCCCUUGUGGUACAAAAUUCAGUUGUAAAACUUGAAGCUGGACUGAGAGGAAUAACUGUUGUAUGGUGUGCCUGGAGACUCUACCUGUCCAUUGUUAUCGUGGUGCUUUCGGUCUGUUCUGUAUAGUCUUUAGGAUAUACUGUAUGGUGUGUUAUCAUUAGGGAUUGUUUAUGCU